AUGGAGUUGAAGUGCCGAUGGGUAAAUUUGGGAGUUCUGAUGGUUAGCUUGUUCUUUGUUUAUUUAUUUUAUCUUGUAUGGAGAGAAGGUGAUCGAAUUAGUCGCGAAGUAACGGUUGACCUGCGAGAGCUGAUCAAAUAUUGCGUUAUUGCGGCAGAAACAGCCUCCACCGCCAUCCGGAAAACGCAUUUAUCUGCAACAGUCUGGCAGCGCGAGAAAGGUAAAACCAGGGAAGGUGCGAACGAGUAUGUCACGAAGGCGGAUCUGAUUUCAAAUCAACUGAUUCAAAAUAUCUUCUCUCGCUUUCCGGGUAUUCAGGUAAUAUCAGAGGAAAAGGAGUCUCUUUCGUCUGAAGAGGUCGCGAGUUAUGAAGAGAAUUAUUACGAACUUUGGCAACGAAUAAGUGGCAUAGUGUCUGGCGUGCCAUCUGUUCAUCAUUCACUGGCUGACAUAAGCGUUUGGGUCGAUCCACUCGAUGCAACACAAGAAUACACAGGUAUUGUCUGUUGUUUCAUUUCGGAUUCAUGUCUCAAGUUUAAAACCGUUUUUUUCACAGGCGACCUUAACCUAAUGGUGGGGGAAGCAUACAACGCAUGGCAAGGCGUGCAGCGCGUGGCAAAGCGUUCUCGGUCGUUGCAGCAUUGGCAACGCGAAUGA